AAGUUUUCUAAGGUGAAGGUCAUUGAUAUUUGUAAACAAAAUUCUGAACAAUCAAAGAGGGUACAUUAAUCUCCUCUGCAUGUUUAAGCCGACUUGGAUUGGACUUUCUUUAAACAUCUGAAAAUUGUAAUAAAGAAAUGAUAGGGCAAUGACAACUUGCCUGACAGAACUGUAUUUGUGGUCACUGAAGGGCAAUGUCUCCAUACCAAAUCAUGUUAUCGGAUGCCACAGUUACCAUGACAAAGGGGAGACAGGAUCAAACAGUCAGUAUUAUGAGGAAAAACAACAGUUUACAGAAGGGAGAGAUAUGGUGUGGGCGCCAAAAAAUAAACGUCCGGAGAAGUUGAAAGACAAUAUCAAAGAGAUGGAGGAGUUAUUGUCAGCAUUUAAGAUGAUAGAGUUACGAUGGAGAAGUAGGAAAUGUAUACAGAUGAUUCUCAGUAACGCAUGUAUCAUCAACAUUGUUCUAACGGGACACUCAGGAGACAUAGAGAAACUACUUAUCGAUAAAUCUCUUGUUGGCAAAUUGAGUGCGGAAAUGAUAUCUCAUGCUUGUCUGACUGACCAAUACAUCAUAACAUCAUAUCUAGACAAGGCAAGAAUAGACUAUAUCUACUUCUGUAAGAGACCACCUCUUGGUGAAGCUAUCAGAAAACUUGAGAAAGUGUCCACCUGGGAACCCAAGAUUACUCCUAUUGAUAUCCCUGGACCUGUAAACAGAAGACUGGAUAGAAAGUUAUCUGUGAAUAUGCACCAGGAUAUGGCAUUGGUAUGGUGGAGUAACUCAAGCAAAGAAGCUAUGCCAUGGUCACCUAUGGCCUCUGAUAAAGACAGGGCAAAUCUUAUUAUAAUAUCUAUACAUGGACCGAAUGUUGAUGUUCUAACUUUCAACAGAACAGAAUGUGAUCCAGUUUUUGCUGGAUUCAGUAAGUUACAGCCACAUAAGAUGUAUACAGUUGAACAAGGGAUGAGUUCAGGAGGGGAGACAACUGCAAAAGCUUGUACUUAUGAAGUUGUUCAAGGAAAAAUUCAGAGGGUGUCUAUAGUGAAUAUUCCUCUUAAAAGUAUGGUACAUUGUGAGAGUAGAAGUCCAGGAGAAGACAAGCUGUUAUUGGGGUGUGCUGAUGGAACUUUGGUUGUAUAUGAUGAAAACAGAAAGAUAACACAGAUGAACAGAGCUGGACUUGUACCCAGUCUAGCAGCAUGGCAUCCCACUGGUACAAUAUUCUUUGUUGGAAGUAACAGAGGCGAUAUACAGGUGUUUGACAUGGCUCUAUCACCACUGAAGAUACAAUUGCUAGCAGAAGAACCUAACCCUCACCGAUUUCUGCCAACUAGCAAAUUCUUUAAAGCACCACCUCCCUUGAGAGAGAUACAGUGGUGCCCUUUUGACCCCCAGGCAGCUGACUGGACAGGUGACUACACAGAUGCUCUAGCUGUGGUUUAUGACAGAGGUCCUGUUGGUGUACUGUUAAUGUCACUGGGUGUAGUUAGCAGGGAGAGACUAUCUUGUGUAGAACUUGUGAAGGAAUAUAUCAGAUCUAAACAGAUAGAAGAUGCUGUGGCAUUGUUGUGCUCUAUGAACUGGGAUAUAGAUGGCACCAGUUGUUAUACAUGCCUCACUGCUAUAGUUACCCACCUCCUCAAGAUGCCUCUAAAUGCUGAAAGGGAAGUUCAUCUGGAAACUGCACUUGGUACAUUCUAUCUUCCGAAGAGACCGCUAUCAGAGAUGACCAUAUUGGAUUAUAGAGAUCCAAUUAGCAGGCUGGCUAGACGAUUCUUUCAUCAUUUACUAAGAUAUGCAAGGUUUGAUAAAGCUUAUUUGCUCGCUGUGGAUAUUGGUGCUAGAGAUUUGUUCAUGGAUAUUCACUAUAUGGCACUGGACAAGGGAGAGAAUGCUUUAGCUGAGGUGGCAAGGAAAAAGGCAGAACAAGUUGAUUCAGAAUCUCUAGACAGCUUUGAGGAUGAGUUACCAGGAAUGGAAGGACAUUUCUUCCAGCAACAUAAUGGUUCAACUGUAAAUCUGCAGCGGACAGGAUCUGGUAGUAGAAACAGGGAAAAUAUUCCGGCAUCAAGACAACAUCCUUGGCAACAGGAUCAAAGGUCACCACAGGUCACUAGAGCUCCAUUGACCUUUCAACAAAGUUCAUCAGGUGGUCAGUCUGAUCAAUCUCAUAAUGCUUCACCUAGAGUAUCAAAUAAUUCAUCACAGUCAGGUCAAAGGUCAGGCAGAAGAAGAGUGCAAUAUAGUGACCAACAAAUGAAUCAAGACUUUGAUGGUAUAGAUUUAAAUUCUGAUUUUAUAAGAGAUUACACAGCAGCACUGAAUGAAGGUGGAACUUCAAACCAAAGUAAUGGGCAACAGGAGGAUGGAAGUAAUGUGAUCCAUUUUGGUGUGGUAUAAUCUCAGGAUGUAUAUACAUAAUAUUUACUGUAACAUUUCUGUGAUAUUCACCGUCCAUAUUUGACAUUCCAGUUGGGACAUUUAUACUUAUUUUUAUACAUAAAUAUAUCUUUAUUUUUUAUUAUGAAAUAUGAGUAAAGUUAUAUGUAACUUACAAUGAUGGUUUAAAUAUUGCAUUUUUGUAUUGAUGUGUUCAAAGACCUUGAGAGUAUGCCAUUUAAUAUUCAAGCACUUUGGCAUCGAUGUUAGUAUUCUUUAGUAUACAUGUAUUUAAAUCCAAGCAUAAAUCUUAUACUGGACAUUAUGAGAUAUAUAAGAGAUUUUUUUUCUAAUUUUUUAGUUUGGGUAAACAUGUAUAUAGCUGAGUACAUGGGUCAAUAGGAUCCAAACUGGAAUUAAAUUAAUGAAGUUUAAUAAAAAAUGACAAUAAGCUGAUGAGGUUCUUAGAUAUCAUGACGGGAUAUGUUUCAUAAAUCAAGAAUAUAUAUUUAUGGAGAUUUUUUGAAGUUUUUAAAGAUAAAGCUUAAUUAGGAAAAAAAAGUGUUACACUUCUGAGGCUCUUGAAAUUAUAAAGGCAAAAGACUGAGAGCUCAUGUAUGUUGUAAGAAUUUUGUAGGAGUUUUCAAUAAAAAGUAGAAGAUA